GAGACCGCUUCCUGCCUACAGACUCCGGCAGGCAGCACCAUGAGUUUCAGACAGAUCUCCUCAUCUUUCCGGAGCAGCAGCGGCAGCAGCUGUGGAGGAGGAGGAGGCAGAGGGGCCAGCAGAGGCAGCAUGCGGUCUUCUUUCAGUCGCUCCUCCAGGGCUGGUGGAGGAGGAGGCCGCUUUGGCUCUUCCAGUGGUUUUGGUGGAGGUGGCUUUUCAGCCUGUGGCACUGGAGGUGGUGGCAGUUUUGGCUCUAGCUAUGGUGGAGGAUAUGGAGGGGGUUUUAGCGCAGGUAGUUCCAGCGGUAUGUUUGGUGGAGGUUCUAGAGGUUGCUUUGGUGGAGGUUCUGGAGGUGGCUUUGGUGGAGGUUCUGGAGGUGGCUUUGGUGGGGGUUUUGGAGGUGGCUUUGGUGGUGGCUCUGGAGGUGGCGAAGGUAGUAUUCUGAACACCAAUGAGAAAGUCGUCAUGCAGAACCUCAAUUCCCGUCUGGCCUCUUACAUGGAUAAAGUGCAGGAACUGGAGGAGGACAACGCCAACCUGGAGAAGCAGAUCCAGGAAUGGUAUUCAAGGAAGGGGAACAGAGUCUUCCAGAAGGACUACUCUCAUUAUUAUAACACUAUCGAAGACCUGAAGGACAGAAUUGUGGAUCUCACAGCGAGGAACAACAAAGCACUCAUAGACAUGGACAAUACUCGCAUGACUCUGGGUGACUUCAGGGUUAAGCUUGAGAUGGAGCAGAGCCUACGCCAAGGGGUGGAUGCUGAUAUUAAUGGCCUGCAGAAGGUUUUGGAUGACAUAAAUAUGGAGAAAUCUGAUCUGGAGAUACAGUUUGAUAGUCUGGACGAUGAGCUGAAGGCCCUUAAGAAGAACCACAAGGAGGAGAUGAACCAGCUGACGGGCCAGAAUGAUGGAGAUGUUAAUGUGGAGAUAAAUGUUGCUCCUAGCACAGACCUCACCCAGGUCCUCAAUGACAUGCGUGAGGAAUAUGAACACCUCAUUUCUAAGAACCGCCAGGACAUUGAGCAACACUAUGAGUCCAAGAUGACCCAGAUUGAGCAGCAAGUGACAAAUAGUGGCCAAGAGAUGGAGACCAACAUGAAGCAAGUGUCCCAGCUCCAGCACAGUGUCCAGGAGUUGAACAUUGAGCUGCAGACUCAGCUUACCACGAAAUCAGCCCUGGAGAAGGCUUUGGAAGACACAAAGAACCGCUACUGUGGCCAGCUGCAGCAGAUUCAGGAACAGAUCAGUGAGAUGGAGGCCCAGCUUGCUCAGGUCCGGGCAGAAACUGAGUGCCAGAACCAGGAAUAUGGCCUUCUGCUCAGCAUCAAGACACGGCUGGAGAAAGAAAUUGAGACUUACCGAAAGCUCCUUGAAGGCGGCCAGCAAGACUUUGAAUCUUCUGGAGCUGGACAAAUUGGCUUUGGAAGUGGCAAAGGAAGACAAAGAGGAAGUGGCGGCAGCUAUGGAGGAGGAAGUGGGGACAGCUAUGAAGGAGGAAGUGGAAGGAGCUAUGGAGGAGGACAUAGGGGCAGUCAUGGUGGAAAAAGUGGAGGCAGUCAUGGAGGAGGAAGUAGGGGCAGCUAUGGAGGAGAAAGUGGGGGCAGCUAUGGAGGAGGAAGUGGGGGCAGCCACGGUGGAAAAAGUGGAGGUAGUUAUGGAGGAGGAAGCAGCUCUGGGGGAGGAAGUGGAGGCAGCUAUGGAGGAGGAAGUGGGGGCAGCCAUGGUGGAAAAAGUGGGGGUAGCCAUGGAGGAGGAAGUGGGGGCAGCUAUGGUGGAGGAAGUGGUUCUGGAGGAGAAAGUGGAGGCAGCUAUGGAGGAGGAAGUGGAGGCAGCCACGGUGGACAAAAAGGAGGAAGUGGGGGCAGCUAUGAAGGAGGAAGUGGAGGGAGCUAUGGAGGAGGAAGUGGUUCUGGAGGAGGAAGUGGGGGUAGCUACGGUGGAGGAAAUAGAAGGCCAUCUCAGUCCCAGUCCUCAAAAUCUGCCGACUGCGAUGACGAUGAUUCGAAAGGCCACAAGAUGCGAUACUAGAACCCUGAUUAACUUUCUCCACCGGACCCCAGCUGAGAGUGUCUCAGGAGGGCAGGAGCUACAUGAGGCAUACUUACAGCAUCCUGACAGCAAGUCUACCUGGCAACAAGCCGGGGGAACCGUUUGGAACUGGACGGAGUUGGCGUUGUGCCUCUGGACAUCUAUUGGCUCCGUUCCUUGCUGGGGAGGCUUCAGGGCUGGGGAGAACUUGAUUUUCCCAUGUGUCCUGGGGGUGGCCCCCCUCCCUUCCUUAUCCUGACUUCCUAAUAAAGCUUUCCUAUUGCA